GUUUUUUUUUUCUACCCACUGACACACGGCAACUUCGAACAGGAAACCUAAUAGACGAUUCGCCUGUCGUUUUCUCUGUAUUUACGGCAGGGUUUGUCUGGACCUCAGUGCUCUAACCCAGCCAUGAGCAUCAUCGGGGCUGAGGAUGAGGAUUUUGAAAACGAUCUGAAUGACGUGCUGGAUGACCAGUGCACAAUCUUCAACAGCGUAGAGCAAUUGAAGGAUCGGCCGACCCACCUGCUGGUUUUCAUGCAACAUGUCAUCCUGCAGUUUGACCCUGCUCCCCUGCUCUGUUACCUCCAUGCUGAACUCUUCAAAAACCUCAAUGCCAAAGAGACCAAAAAGCAGUUUGUGGAGUUCUACAACACCUUUUUGGACAAGGGUGCAAUUCUGAGAGUGUUAGUACCAUCUCAUGUAACCUAUGAGUUGGACCGGACCCGUCCAGAUCUGCUCCCAGAUGACAUCCAAAAGCGUUAUGCUCAGGACGUUCAGAACCUGCAGAUUUCUGAAGUGGCCAAACAGUUGGAGGAUUUCAGGCGAAAGAGGAUGAUGGGUAUGACUCCCAAUGAGUCUGAGCUGCUUGACGUGGAGAACCACUAUCCCACCGACCGUGUUCCACUGGAUAUGAAGGAGAAGUCUGUAGCUGAGAACCUGCUAGAGAAGAUGUCUGAGACACAAUCAACAGUUGUCUCAGACGAUGAAAAAUGCCAAUCCAUCUUUAAUGCAGUGGCCUUGUACAUGAAACAGCUUGGGGUUAAAAACAGGGCCGCUGACAGUAAGAAGUCCAAAGGAGGUUUCUUCAGAAGACAGCUGGCAAAGUCCAAAGCCCCAAAAGGCUUUACGGUUUUCCCAAACUGGAUUGGAGCUGUUACAGCUGAAGGCAAACCUAAAGUGGAGGUUGAAGAAAAGGAUAAAGGACCUCUGGAGCGUAGAGGCACAGGCACUAAACCCAACUUGAAUGACGGUGGCGUUCCUAACCCUGCCAUCAGAAAGCCCAGUGGUACCCCUUCCGUGCCACCUGUGGUAGAGCCCGCUGACCUCAACCCCACCAUCACCAACACCCCCGACUCACACAGUGACGGUGUCUCAAGCAAUCGCUUAGAGCCUCCAACUGUGCCAGAUGGGGGUGAUGUGUCCCCUAGUGGGAUGGGAAGUGGGCUGGUCAUUGAGCCCAUCUCACCCAAUGACUUUCCCGUAGAGGAUCCUGUGGAGAAAGAAAGACGGAAGACAAGUAGGAAAGUGGCACGCAGUGAAAGUGCCCGCGUGGACCGGCACCCGUCUCGACGUCGUGGCUCUUCUCGGGCCAAACAGUCUCGUUCCCGUAGCGAUGUGGACCUCCAGCCACCCUCUACCAUGACAACACCACCUUCCCCGCUCACCCCCCAGCACCUCCAUCCCCCAGAGGGGCCCGUUUCAGUUCCUGAGCCUGGCCACUCCCCCACCACCCUUAGCCCGCAGGUGGAGGAGUUAGAUCCACGGCUCCAGGAGUUGGAGUCUGAUCCACCCAACUGGAAGGACCUGGCCUCUCCCGAGGCUCUCGCCAGCCUGAAGAAGAAGGAGACCAAGAGGCAGGAAGUCAUCAAUGAGUUGUUUACAACCGAGCAUGCACAUGUGCGAAUGCUAAGUGUCCUUCAGGUGAUCUUUGCCAAACCAUUGGAGAGAGAGGAGCUCCUGACCGCCCCUGAGCUGGCCACCAUCUUCCCCAGCCUCGACGAGAUCAUUGAACUGCACAGUAACUUCUAUGAGAACCUUAAGAAACUGCGUUUGGAUGACAACUUCAUAGUUAAAUCAAUCAGCACCACAGUGCUCAACAGAUUUGGUGGUACAGAGGGGGAGUGGUUCCAGAAACUGACAGCACGGUUCUGUAGUCGCCAGUCAUAUGCACUGGACCAGAUCAAGACCAAGCAGAAGAAAGAGCCACGCUUCAACGCUUUCAUACAGGAGGCAGAGAGUAAGCCCCAGUGCCGCAGGCUGCAGCUUAAGGACAUCAUUCCUAUAGAGAUGCAGAGACUGACCAAGUAUCCACUACUGCUGGAGAAUAUUGCAAAGAGUACAGAGGACCCAGUAGAGAAGGCAGAUAUUGAGAAGAGUGCAGAGUGCUGCAGAAAGAUCCUCAACCAUGUCAAUGAGGAGGUCAAAGCAAUGGAAAACAUGUUGACUCUGAAGGAAUACCAGCGUAAAUUGGAUACAUCAGGACUAAAACCCAGUAAUGACCUUUAUAGUGAAUAUAAGAACAUUGACUUGACUCAGAAGAAGAUGCAUUAUGUAGGCCCGCUGAUUUGGAAAGUCACCAAAGAAAAGGCUGUUGAGGUGCAGUGUGUGCUGCUUGCGGACUUGCUGGUGCUCCUGCAGAAGCAGGAUGACAAGAUGGUCCUGAAAUGCCAGAGCAAGAGUAACAUCGCCGUACAAGAGGGCAAGCAGAUGCUGAGCCCUAUCAUUAAGCUGGACUCAGUCUUCCUCCGUGAUGUGGCAACAGAUCGAAAGGCGUUCUAUGUUAUAUUUACCUGGGAGAGUGGCGCGCAGAUUUAUGAACUAGUGGCUCAGUCUUUUGGAGAAAUGAAAACUUGGACUGAAGUGAUAAAGAAAGCAGUGGAUGACCUGAAGAAGGCUGGUGCACCCAUGAAGUUGACGCUGCCUCCUGGAGCUGGUGGACCACCCUUUAGUCCCGUCACUCUGAGUGCCCCUAUGAGCCCUAUUGAGAAUGGAGCUUUGAAAAGCACCAGUGAUAAGGAGCACUUGACACAUGAAAAGUCUACAGAUCCCAGGCACAGGCUGAUUGAUUUCCUGUCUGACAAAGGCUUUGAUUUGAUAGGCCACACCAACAGCGAUCAGGAGAAGGUGGCCAACAACGCAUUGGAUGAAGUCAAGUCACUGAAAAGGCUGCUGAUCGGCAGCAUCAGUCUAUCAGAGGACUCACAACCUGAUGAAGUAAAUGAAGAAGGGCAAUCAGACAGACCUGGGCAAGAUGCGGAACACUGUCAGUCAACAGAUGAAAAUGAGACCACAGAUGAAGUAGCUGAGGAGACGAACAGCACCAGCAAGGACAAAGAAGGUCCAAACCUGAAAGGAGACCAUGAGAAGAGCCUCAGUGCACCCCUGGUGUUGUCCCAGGAGAGGAUGGAGGAAGUGCGCAGAAGGCUGCACAGCCUGGAGGAACAACUAAAGAGACUACAGACUGUAGAAGAGGAGCACCACAAGCUGCAGGAGGUCCUUUCCAAGUUCUCACUGGAAGGGGGCAACUUCCAGUGAGACACCAUCAUGCCACCUGCUGGCUGUUAGGUUUUGACUGGUGCUGGUUUGGACUGAGUGAGUUUUCAAAGGCUUUCCUGGAAAUUCCUGUGCCCUCAUACGUCUACAACCGGACCAUUGCUGCAUUUCUUUUUUUUUUUCCCCCCCCUCGCGCGCGUGUGUGUGUGUGUGUGUGUGUGUGUGUGUGUGUGUGUGUGUGCAUGUGUAUGUGUGUCAUUUUGUGUGUAUGCUGGACAGAGGGCUAUACAAAAAAAAAAAAAAAAAAUCCUACUUUUGAGUGGGAGAAUGCUAUUGCUGAGAAAUGCCAAAAGAAAUGAAGCAGUAUUUUGCUGUUGGCGAGAUGCUGGCUAACAAAAUGUAGUGAUUUGAAUCUGCUGUAACACACACACAAACCAGAAGCAUGCAUGAUGGAAAUUAAUUUACAGUAAUGCCAAAUUCUGAUGUACAGUAAAGGAGAAAGCCUUAAAUGGCCAAUGUAGCAUUAGAAGGUGUAUUGAAAUAGUACUGCUGAUAUAUAGUGUUAUUUCUAGUCUAUGCCAAAGUAAAACAGAGAUGCACUUUUUUCUGAUCAAAACAAGUUAAACACACACUGUUUUUACUAAAUUUGCUACUUUAACUUCAUAUUCUGUAUGGUUAUGUUGGCAGCCCUCACUGAAACAAUGCAUGCAAGAAAGUUUAUGUAUGUGUGUUACAAAGUUUUUAAUUAAGGAUGCAUUAUUUUGGAGUAUUCUUACUGUAAUUAGGUCACAUAAAAACAUAAAUAGUGGCAGUGUAGGUAAUCGUGCUGUUAAUAAUGGAGAUUUGUUUAUAUGUACUGCCUUUAUUUAUUCCUUUGAGUCCUGGUUUCUUCAUCUGAGUGAAGCUGAUACAAUCCCGGCUCCAAAACAAAGAGUGACGUGCGACUGUUGGACAAGACAGACAAAAGUGAAACUGGGAUGUGUAAUGCAGAUCAGAGUGGAGUUAAGGUGAAGGAAGUGGAAAUUGGUUUCAAGGUUGUUGUUAUUUUUAGGUGGCUUUAAUUUGAUGGUCAUGAGGAGAUGAGGAUUUGCACCCGCUGUAUUAAAAAAAAAAAAAAAAAAAAAAAAAAAAAGCAUGCGC